GGGGACUGAGUGCUGCAGACUGAGAGGAGGUGGUCUGCACCAAACAGAAGACAUGAACCUCUGCUGGAAUGAGAUCAAGCGGAAGUCCCACAACAUUCGGGCGCGUCUAGAGGCGUUCUCUGACAACAGUGGGAAGCUGCAGCUCUCUCUACAGGAGAUCAUAGAAUGGCUGACAGCCAAGGAUGAGGAGCUGUCAGAGCAGCUGCCCAUAGGGGGCGACGUGGGCGCCGUCCAGCACCAGCGGGAGUUCCACCAGGCGUUCAUGGAGGAUGUCAAGUCUCGUGGGCCGUUCAUCUACUCGGUGUUGGAGUCUGCCCAGGCCUUUCUGGCUCAGCAUCCCUUCCAGGAGCCAGAGGAGACCCUGACCGAUGGAAAAGAGGUGUCUCCACGUCGGCGAAUCUUGAAUGUGAGUCGCUCUGUAUGGAAGCAGGCGAACGUGGCCAGUGACCUGUGGGAAAAGCUAACGGCGCGCUGCGUAGACCGCCACAGACACAUGGAGCGGACCUUAGAGCGUCUGCUGCAAAUCCAGGCGGCGAUGGAGGAGCUGGCAGUGGCUCUGGAGCAGGCCGAGGGCGUGAGAGACGCCUGGGAGCCGGUCGGAGAUCUCUUCAUUGAUUCCCUGCAGGACCACAUAGACGCUACCAAGUUAUUUAAGGAGGAGCUGACCCAGGUACGGGAGGGCAUGAAGCACAUCAAUGAUCUGGCCCACCAGCUGGCCAUCUCCGAUGUCCAUUUGUCGAUGGAGAACGCCCGCGCCCUGGAGCACCUGAAUAACCGAUGGAAAGUCCUUCAGGCGUCCAUAGAGGAGAGGCUGAAGCAGCUCCAGGAUGCACAUCGAGACUUUGGCCCCGGAUCGCAGCACUUCCUUUCCAGUUCAGUCCAGAUACCAUGGGAACGUGCCAUCUCACCGAACAAAGUGCCCUACUACAUCAACCAUCAGGCCCAGACGACGUGCUGGGACCAUCCAAAGAUGACAGAACUAUACCAAGCACUGGCGGAUUUGAACAACAUCAAGUUCUCGGCAUAUAGAACAGCGAUGAAGCUGCGGCGAGUUCAGAAGGCUCUGAGAUUGGAUUUAGUGGCGCUGAGCGGCCUGGUGGAGAUAUUUCGGGAGCAGGAGUUACAGCAAGGGGAGCAUGUGAUGGAUGUGGUGGAGGUGAUUCACGGGCUGACGGCUCUGUACGAGAGGCUGGAGGAGGAGAGGUCCAUCCUGGUCAACAUUCCACUCUGCGUCGACAUGUGUCUCAACUGGCUGCUCAACGUCUACGACAGUGCUCGCAAUGGCAAAAUGAGAGUACUCAGCUUCAAGAUGGGAUUGGUGAGCUUGUGCAACGCAGACGUCCAGGAGAAGUACAAAUACCUAUUCCAUCAGGUGUCUGGACCUGGAGGUGUGACGGACCAGCGUCACCUCAGCCUGCUGCUGCAUGAAGCCAUCCAGAUCCCCCGCCAGCUGGGAGAAGUUGCCGCGUUCGGGGGCAGCAACGUGGAGCCGAGCGUCCGUAGCUGCUUCCGCAUGGCCCCAGGAAAACCUGCCAUUGAGGUGUCUCAUUUCUUGGAGUGGAUGAGCCUUGAGCCACAGUCGAUGGUUUGGCUGCCUGUCCUCCACCGUGUGGCUGCAGCAGAGUCAACCAAACACCAAGCCAAAUGCUACGUCUGUAAACAGUGUCCCAUCAAAGGCUUCAGGUAUCGCAGCUUGAAGCAGUUCAAUGUGGACAUCUGCCAGACGUGUUUCCUAACUGGCCGCACUACCAAGGGAAAGAAGCUGCACUACCCUAUCAUGGAGUACUACACCCCAACAACCUCGGGAGAGAAGAUGAGGGACUUUGCCAAGACUCUGAAGAACAAGUUCAGGUCAAAGCAGUACUUCACCAAGCACCCGCAGAGAGGUUACCUGCCAGUGCAAUCAGUGCUGGAGGCUGAGAGCUCAGAGACGUGA